AUUAUGAAUAUGAUAGUACUCAUUAAGAACUCUCAACUCCACAUGGCACACAUUAAUCAUGGAAUUCUCCUCAUUUCAGUAAUCUGUUUGCUACAGUGUGAUAUAUCAAAUUCUCUCCCUGCAGGAAACUGGGCAAACCACGGCGGCGAUAUCUUCAACAACAGAUACGCGGAGGGGGAGAAGAAGAUCAGCCCUUCGACCGCGGCCCACCUCCGUCUCAAGUGGAAGUUUAACGCGGGACACGACAUAACAGCCACGCCCGCGAUCUGUGAAGGCGUCGUAUAUUUCCCCAGCUGGGACGGUCAUAUUUUCGCUGUGAGACAACUUGACGGCUCCCUUGUUUGGAAGAAAAAUCUGCAGAAGCUCACCGCCCUUAACUCCUCCACCGCCUUGCUAGCUCGAGCCACACCUACUGUAGCUGACGACAAACUCAUCUUUGCCAUUUACGGCCCGGCUUAUGUUGUUGCGGUUUGCAGGGCUACAGGAGAACUCAUAUGGAAACAACAGCUCGACAAACACCCUGCUUCUGUUAUAACCAUGUCCGGAACUUACCACAAUAGAGCUUUCUACGUGGGCGUUUCCUCACUGGAAGAAGGCUCCAGCAUCGAAAACUGCUGCACGUUUCGAGGAAGCUUCGCGAAGCUAGACAUAAAGACCGGAACAAUUCUAUGGCAGACUUAUAUGCUUCCGGACAACAACGGAAGACAAGGAGACUACGCUGGAGCUGCAAUAUGGGGCAGCAGCCCCUCCAUCGAUGAACGACGAAACCAUGUCUACAUCGCCACCGGGAAUCUCUACUCUGUCCCUCAGAGUGUCGAGGACUGCCAAGUAAAGCAAGAUAAUCAGACGGUUCCGGCCCAACCAGAGCAAUGCAUCGCCCCCGACAUCCACUAUGACUCGAUCCUAGCCCUCGACUUAGACUCGGGCCGGAUCAGGUGGUUCAGACAGCUCGGAGGAUACGACGUGUGGUUCUUCGCAUGCAACGAUCCUUCCAUCCCGAACUGCCCCCAGGGCCCCAACCCGGACGCAGAUUUUGGGGAAGCGCCAAUGAUGCUCACCGUAAACACCAACGGCACUAGGAAGGACGUGGUCGUUGCGGUCCAGAAAAGCGGAUAUGCGUGGGCACUCGACCGGGGAAACGGAAACAUACUCUGGUCUACUGAAGCUGGACCGGGAGGAAUUGCCGGAGGAGGGACAUGGGGAGCGGCUACGGACACGAGGAGGGUUUACACCAAUAUCGCCAACAGCAAUCAGCAGAAUUUCACGCUUGCGCCAUCAAAUAAUGUGACGACAGGGGGCGGGUGGGUUGCGAUGGAGGCCGGGAGGGGGAAGGUGUUGUGGUCAACCGCACUUCCGGAUAAGGCCCCUGCUAGUGGUCCUGUCACUAUCGCCAACGGUGUGAUGUUUGCCGGCUCCACUUAUGGGACGGGGCCGGUUUACGCUGUAGAUGCUGCAUCCGGUGAAAUAUUGUGGUCGUACGUUACGGGAGCCUCUGUGUACGGGGGCUUCGCGGUGAGCCAGGGAUGUGCAUUUGUAGGACACGGCUAUCGUAGGUUUCUGAAUAUGACUGCAGGAUCCUUUCUCUUCGCCUUCUGCAUAAAAUGAGCUCCCAUGUUACUAAAAAUGCAACCUAAUAAAAUAAAAUUUUCAUCCAA